UGUGGAGUCUAUGUAUCAUACACACACAUCGGUAAUCGUCACACACGUCUGUGACAGAUUUUCAGCGUGCACAGCAUUUUGAAUUAUUAUUAUGAAAAUCAGUGCGAACAUUCACUGACGGGUGAGUCUGUCUAUCACGUAAAUUCACACGAACCGAGUGACAAAGCAGCAGCAGCAAAAAAGAAAGAAGUAUUCGACAGCCCGGUAUCUAUUACCGUACUUGCCCAGAUAAAACUUGAACGUGAGGAAAGGCAGUUUACUGCUGGUAAACAGUGAUGGAUUAUGAGCGUGUUACGACGUCGGCCGGGGACACCCCUAAGAUACAGUCAGGGAUGUGGGAACAUGUCUGGCGUGCCAUCAACAUCUUCAUGCUACUGUUCUUUUCAUUAGCAGCCUUUUACAAUUUGAAUGACAGUGACUGGUACCUGUGGGUGCCAAUAUAUGUUAUCCCCGCUGUGCUGUGUCUUCCGAUCAUUGCAAAACCAAGCUUGUCUGAAAAUAAGAUAGUAGGAUGGAUGUCGGUGGUGCACUUCACACUGUGUCUAGCCUACUCCGGGUACCAGAUCAUCACCAUGAUCCAAGUCAUUAGUGGCCGCAUCGGGAACCCGCUUCAACACGAGGAGGGCAGAGAGAUGGGAGGUUUGCUGAUCAUCAUCACAUGGUUGGGGAUCUGCAGAUUCACAUCACUAGGGAGGCCUCACACGACUGCCAUGAACCGGUCUCUGAUGAAUGCCCUGGUCCUCAUGUCGCUGACGCUGGCGGUGCUGCCGCUGUUCACCUGGGCUCUGUGUUUUGUGGGGGACUGGCAUCAGAAGCUGGGACACUGCAACGGCAUGUUUAGGUCCUAGGACGGAGAGGAGGACAAUGAUGAGUCAGUGUGUUGGAUUUAACGCCACUUGGAACAGUGUUUCAGUUAUAUCAUGAUGUGUCCGUUGGGACAUCUGGGAGGAAAGCCUGAAGUGAUGCAGGCCUUGGAUGUUUUCCACUUUGAAGAAAUGCAUGAGUGUGGUACGGGCAAACCGAGAACCAUGAUCAGGGGAAUCUGGGAGUCAAAACACAUGAUCAUAGGAUUCUGGCACACCUAAGGGAUGCAACUCUGCACACGGCAAAUUGUGACACAUUAGAAGACGGGGCCACAUGUGCCCCCAAUGAUUAAGAUGAUGAUGAUGAUGAUGAUGAUGAUGAUGAUGAUGGUGGUGAUCCAUGCCGGCAUUGUUCUUAUGUACUACUCAACUUUUGAUAGAGUUACUUAUAUUAUUCCAUGUUAUGCCAAAGCAGUAACUCAUAUGUAACUAGUAUGCAGUAUCUUCGUACACCUCAAAAGUUGUGUGGUAUAAGUGGAAUUGAUGAAAAGGAGGCGGUGAAGUUACUGGUAACAGAGAUAAUUCCCCGUCAUCAAACCGCUUCUGUUGGACCUGUUUGACAAUGACCUUCCAAUAAUGUUUGAAAGCUUUAUGAUCAUACUGUUAGAGAUUAUUUAUAAAAAAGGGUAUGUGCAAGAAAUGAAAAUAAUAUGUCAUGUUAUAUUCAGCAACACAUCCAAAAAACACCUACACUGUUGACUUUGAUUUGUAGUUUACAUGUUGACUGAGUCAUGACAAAGGGCAAACAAAGUUAUUAAAUAUAUUAUUAUGCCGUUUAAUGCUGCAAGCAGGAACAUUCCACCGAUACUAUGGCAAUCAACUAAGUGAGUGAAUGUUGUUUUAUUCAGAGGCUGCAAUAUUUCACCUGUAUUUCAGCAAUCUGUAAAUAAUCAACUGAGUGAGUGAAUGUUGUUUUAUUCUGAGGCUGCAAUAUUUCACCUGUAUUUCAGCAAUCUGUAAAUAAUCAACUGAGUGAGUGAAUGUUGUUUUAUUCUGAGGCUGCAAAUAUUCCACCUGUAUUACUGCAAUCUGUAAAUAAUCAACUGAGUGAGUGAAUGUUGUUUUAUUCUGAGGCUGCAAUAUUUCACCUGUAUUACAGCAAUCUGUAAAUAAUCAACUGAGUGAGUGAAUGUUGUUUUAUUCUGAGGCUGCAAUAUUUCACCUAUAUUACAGCAAUCUGUAAAUAAUCAACUGAGUGAGUGAAUGUUGUUUUAUUCUGAGGCUGCAAUAUUCCCCCUAUAUUACAGCAAUCUGUAAAUAAUCAAAUCUUGGCUGUGUAAAUCAGUGGUUAACAGACAUAUUCAAGUCCGAGUGGCGCACAGUCAUCUAGGUCACACUUUGUCACCAUCCGAUGCUUAUAGUCUCUCUUAUGACAAGUGUGGUUAUGCUGGGGACAUAGUCUACCCCAAUCUCAUUAAAAUCUGACCUUAGUUCUAAACAAAGAUCUGAGGACAUCCCAUUACGGGUCACGUCAGAACGACCUUUCAUACGACCAAUCAGAGCAUCGCUAACCUGAUUAUG